AUGUAUCCGUGGAGCAGUGUGUGUAUAUAUAUAAGUGAAGGUUAUGUCCAGUUGUCUGCCAUAGAAACUUCCGACAAACAGUGAUAGAAUUAUAAUUAAUUGAGUGGUGAAUAAAUGGAGCAAGGUGCAGCAGCAGGUUGGUGGCGAAAAGGGCCUUGGACUCCUCAAGAAGAUGAGCUGCUCUUUCAGUAUAUCUCUCAGAAUGGUGAAGGCAGAUGGAGCUCUGUCUCUAAGUGCACAGGUUUGAAAAGAAGUGGGAAGAGCUGCAGGCUGAGGUGGGUGAAUUACUUGAGGCCUGACCUUAAAAAAGGACAAUUAACACCUCAGGAAGAAGGCAUCAUUAUCGAACUUCAUGCCCUGUGGGGUAACAAAUGGUCUACUAUAGCAAGAUACUUACCUGGACGAACAGACAAUGAGAUAAAGAACUACUGGAGAACUCAUUUCAAGACCAGAAGCCCAUCCACUCAUCUCAAGAAGCGCAAGAUUCUCAACCAACAACAAGCUCAUCGUCGUCCCAAUAAUGUCACUAUUACUGAACCCUCUCACUCUCACGACAAGGAAAUGGCGUUUUCGAGCAUCAUCGAUAUUAAUCAUCAAAGUGCUUCAUCAUUUGAUGAUUUCGUCGCCCCAUUUGAAAUGGAUUGUUACUUGUGGAACUUGGAUGAUGACCAUCAUCUUCCAAAUAUUAUGCCACACGAAUAUUAUCACCCUUUUGAAGGCGAUGCAGCAGUUGAUUACUACGUCCAAACUGCAGAGGUUUUGCUUUAAGGAAUUUAAGCUUCAUAUCAUCAUUUACUUGUUAAUUCAUAGUUUCACCUUCUUUUCAAAUAUAAGGAAAUGGACUCUCGCAAUAUGUUUCAUUUUCCAAUUUGGAUAUUGUAACUGUUCAGUUAAAUAGAACAAAAUAUUCUACAUCAAGGAAAAGGAAUGGGCUUUCAAAUGGAUUCAGAUAAAUCGGAUCGGCCCAUGCAGAAUUCCGUGUCUUUAUUUCGAAAUUAUUUAUAAAAAAUUAAAAAAAAUAAAUUAAAAUAUUGGCCCAUGCAGGUUUCGAACCUGCGACCUUCGCGUUAUUAGCACGACGCUCUAACCAACUGAGCUAAUAGGCCAUGUUGUUAAAUGUUUGAAGAAACGUGUACUUAACUAAUGACUUGUUUUAUUAAACAUGAUAAGAUAAGAAUGGUGCAGUCUAGAAAAUUUGUGGAGAUGAAAGGAUGUUUGAACAGAUAACAGCAAGCGAAGUAGCAGGCUACGCCGUCGGAGCUCUGCUCCUCUCCGCCACCAUUUCUGCCCCCAAGAUCGACUCCCUCAUCUCUUCUUCUCAGCGCAGUUCUUUAGGCAUGUGUAAGAGAUGCGGCGACGUGAAUCGCAUCGCUUGCGGGAAAUGCAAGGGCUCUGGACUCAUCAAACAAGGAGGACCUUUCACUUUGAUUCCCGUUGUUACUGACAAAUCCACAUCAGUUUCUUGCAGCAACUGUCGUGGAAGAGGUUGCUUUUCCUGCCCUGGCUGCUCACCGAAUCAACCUUAAUUACUUCACCAAUUAUCUUGUAGUAUUUCAUUCAAGUUGUUUGUGAGUUUGUUUCUGAAAUACACAUAUAUACGAAGUUGCUUCACCUGAAA